AUCAUUAUUUUGAAAAGGUAAAAAAAGUAUUUUUUGUGAAAAUGAGUACAACGGAGUUGUGGUUCGACGAUUCAUCGGACGAUGAAAGAUUAGUGGAACUAGCUAGAAGUAGAAAACAGUUGAGGGACGCAUCCAACCACCUAGAAAUGGCUUCCACUGAAUUUUUAAAGAACUUUAGAUUAUCUAAAGAGCCGUUUGUGAACCUACUGUCCAGUACAGAAAACCAGUUGCAGCUGUGCACCCGAGCCAAAUUGAUUCCAAAUAUUUUAAAGCUAGCCACAGUUCUGCGAGUUUGUGCUCAGGGAUCGUACCAAUUGAGUAUUGGUAAUGAAGGUAUGCUAGGACUUGCUCAACCCAAUGUGUACGAUGAUGCUGAAGAUAUUGAAGUGGAGUCAAAUAACGGAGAAUUAGAAAACAUAAGAAAUGAAAUUUUGAGAAUAUUAUAGAAAAAUCUAAAAAGUAUUAAAUAGAAACCUUUACACCACA